CUCAAUUGAUCAUUACCUUAUUAUGGCAGUCAGCAAUCUCCGAUCCUCAGAAAUUGAGCCUGAACCUAUUGCAGCGGCUGUUCCGCUACAAGGAUACAGCAUCGAAGCUGAGUCCGAAUCUUUUGACACCGAUUCUGCGAUGGAUGACGACGACUCUUUAUCCUUGACUACUUCCAUUUCAUCGAGUAUAAUAGACUAUGUAUACGAGAAUGGCCGCCGUUACCAUAGCUUUCGAGAAGGCGAAUAUCUUUUCCCCAAUGACGAAGACGAACAAGAUCGCCUAGACAUGGUUCAUCAUAUCUUCCGCCUGAUGCUAGGUGGAAGUCUCUACAAAGCCCCAGUCUCCAACUCAUCGCAACGCAUUCUGGACAUUGGGACUGGCACUGGUAUCUAUGCUAUACAGAUCGCCGAUGAAUUCCCCUGCUCGGAUGUUCUUGGAAUCGACUUGAGUCCGAUUCAGCCUGGAUGGGUCUCGCCCAAUUGCAGAUUCAUCGUCGACGAUAUUGAGGCUGAGUGGCCAUAUCCUGAGGACGGAGCAUUUGAUUACAUUCACCAGCGAAACAUGGUCGGAAGUAUCGCAGACUGGGAUAGACUUUUUCAGCAAGCAUUCAGACAUACCAAACCAGGCGGUUAUAUUGAACUUCAAGAGUUCCGGGUCUGGUUCCAUUCACAGGACGACGAGCUGCCUGAGGAUUCCAAUAUCCAAAUAUGGCAACGCGCUCUGCUUGAUGGCACGGUUUCCUUUGGUAAACCAAUCAAUAUAAUCGAGAAGUUGGCAGACAAGGUGAAGGAUGCUGGGUUUGUGGGAGUGCAGGAGGAUGUGUUGAAGAUCCCUAUUGGUUCUUGGCCAAAAGACAAGAAACUCAAAGAGAUUGGCCGGUAUAUGCAGGUGCAUGCAAUGGAAUCAGUUGAGCCAUUGACCUUGGCUCUGUUUACUCGCAUUUUAGGUUGGAGUGAGUUAGAAUGUCGUGUGCUCAUUGCAAAGACUCGUGAGGAAUUCAAGACUACGAGAAGGCAACUCUAUGUGUACGCGCAUUUCAUAUAUGGUCAGAAAUCUGACGAUCAAAAGAAGCAUGGUACACAGCAUUCUUGAAGUUCUUAGGUAGAUAUGCCAACUGGGUUCUCAAUAAAGCCAAUCUACGAAAACUGUG